GGUGUUCUCUCGAAAAUGCUAGACUUUUCCACCCUGUACUAUAAAUAACCCCAGGCAACACUCCCUUCAGCAUUACAGAAGGCGAUUUCGAGAGUAAAAACCAUUGAUCUACAUUUUUUUAGCUGUUCCAGAAAAAAGCGAGAAUGUCUCUGAUUCCCAGCUUCUUCGGUAGGAGAUCGAACGUGUUUGAUCCAUUUUCUCUUGAUGUCUGGGAUCCCGUGGGAGCUUUUAACUCCUCAGAAUUUGCCAGGGAUGCAGCCGCUGUUGCCAAUACACAAAUCGACUGGAAAGAGACUGCCGAUGCUCAUAUUUUCAAGGCUGAUUUGCCAGGUCUGAAAAAAGAGGAGGUGAAAAUAGAGAUGGAAGAUGGAAGAAUUUUGCAGAUAAGUGGAGAACGUAGUAAAGAAGAGGAGAAAAAGAAUGAGAAAUAUCACCGAGUAGAACGCUCCCGGGGCAAAUUCCUGAGGCGAUUCAGGCUGCCGGAAAAUGCAAAAGUUGAAGAAGUUAAAGCUGCUAUGGAAAAUGGAGUGCUGACAGUGACUGUGCCAAAGCAGCCGGAACCGAAGCCAAACGUCAAAUCGAUUGAAAUAUCUGGCUAAGGGAGGAGAAUAUUUUCAUGUUUAGACGGAAUUGUAAAUGGUGAUGCAGCAGUAAUAAUUAUUAAAUAAAUAAUUCUGGCAGCCUAUUGGCUGCCCUUCUGGUGUUUUUGUACCUUCAGGAUUUUCGUAUAAAUAUUAAUAUCUACUGCUGUUUUUCGUUCA